AUGCAAUAUAAACUUGUAUUUCUUAUUUUUCCCGUUGUGUUAACAAUAUCUGCUGUUUCUGGACAAAUAAACAUCUGCAAUCCAAAUCCAUGUUAUAACUCUGGCCGAUGUAUAUUAAUUAAUGGAAAUACUGAUUAUCAUUGUAUAUGUCCACCCAAUCUUCCCCUCGGUGGUAAACGAUGUGAUAUGCUGAUUUCCGAAACAACAACGACAACAAUGAUGCCAACUACAUUAUUUACACCAUCACUAUGUGCAUCGAAUCCAUGUUAUAACGGAGGUCUAUGUAGUGUUUCUCCAUUGACAAAUACUUAUGUUUGUUCAUGUACUCAAUUAUAUUAUGGAAAACAAUGUGAAUUUUUGCAUCAAUGUUAUUAUCAACCAUCCGUUUGUCAGAAUGGUGGUACAUGUUUAUCUGGUAUUAAUGGUGCUUAUUCAUGUCAAUGUCCAUCGUCAUAUUCAGGAAUUAACUGUGAACAAUAUAUUCAACCAACAACUAUUUGCUCAUCGAUGCCAUGUAAGAAUGGUGCAACAUGUUUAUCUCUGAAUGGUAAUACAAAUUAUUAUUGUCAAUGUCCACAAGAAUAUACUGGACCUACAUGUAGUACAGUCGUUACAGUUUGUCCUGUUGAUUAUUGUAAAAAUAAUGGUCAAUGUAUAUUUGAUUAUACACUUAAUCGAUUAAGAUGUGCUUGUCCAAGUACAUUUGGUGGUCAAUAUUGUGAAAUUCCAAUAGGUCAAGCAAAUGCAUGUGCAAGUUUUCCUUGUUAUAAUAAUGGUAGUUGUACACCAGCUGGUGCUUCUUUUCUAUGUACUUGUAAAGAACCAUUCAGUGGUAAUCAAUGUCAAUUUAAGAAUCAUACUACACUGUGUGCAUCGUUACCUUGUAAAAAUAAUGGCGUUUGUGUGGAUCUUGGUAAUACCUUUCAUUGUCGAUGUCCAUCAGGUUUUCAAGGAACGACAUGUGAAAUACCUACGACUACUAAUUGUUAUGGUAAUAAUCCGUGUAUGAAUGGUGGCAUAUGUGUUCCAAGUGGAAAUGCGUAUUAUUGUAAGUGUCCAUCAGGUUAUACUGGAUCACGAUGUGAAGAUCAAACAACUUUACCAGAUAGACCUUGUGGUAUAAGUCCUGCUAUAUGUCAACAAGGCGGCACAUGCAUCACAAAUGGGACUUAUAUUCGAUGUAUUUGUCGACCGGGAACUGAAGGAGAAUUCUGUGAAAGAAAUACUACAAUAAAUGCAUGUACUGCUAAUCCAAACUACUGUAAAAAUAGUGGAACUUGUAUGGUACUUAAUAAUGCACUCUUCUGUAUAUGUCCAUCACCUUUUACGGGACCAACUUGUCAACAAGUUAUACAAACUGAACCGAAUUCCAUUUGUAAUAUUAUUCCGGGUAGAUGUCAAAACGGUGGAACAUGUGUACCAGUUGGAGUAAAUGCAUUUACUUGUCAAUGUAUGCCAGGAUAUACAGGAUUAAGUUGUGAAACGUUUACUAAUCCAACAAGUAAUUGUUUUAGUAAUCCAUCGGUUUGUGUAAAUGGAGGCCAAUGUCUUUUUGUUGGAAAUUCAUACCAAUGCGUUUGUCCUAGUGGUUUUAAUGGACCAUUUUGUGAAACAUCAUCCUUAUGUAAUACAUUAACAUGUUCGAAUGGUGGUACAUGUGUGACAGUAUCAGGUGGAACUGGUUGGAUAUGUAUUUGUCCAUCAGGAUUUACAGGAGAUCGAUGUCAAAAUAUGAAUAGUAUGUCUCAAUGUUCUUUACAACCUUGUCGAAAUGGGGCUACUUGUGUAGAUGGUCCAUUUACAUAUACUUGUAAAUGUCCUUAUCCAUUCAGUGGACAACAAUGUCAAUACGUAUCUACAGUUCAAUCACCCUGUGAUGGAAAUCCAUGUGUGAAUUCUGGUAAAUGUAAUCGGGUUGGUGAUACUUAUACUUGUACAUGUCCUCCGGGUUAUACAGGACGAACAUGUGAAAUAAAUGUUCGACCAGCUACUUGUACCAUCAAUUGUUCACCAGGUUAUUGUUUUUCAAAUCCAAAUACUCAACCACCAUAUGCUUGUUAUUGUCCCGAUGAUACAGUUCAAUUAAGAUCAUGUAUUAUUUAA